GCCCCUGGGAGUGGUGGAUGCCCCAGUUGGGUUCCUUGAGGUUGACUGUGAUCCCCCCACUUCUCUCCCCUGCAGCUGCUACACCCCAGACAUACAGACCUGGCCCCUACCGUCUGAGGGAAGGCGGAAGUGAGGCGGGCAGCCUGCGGCUUCCUCUUUUAGUCCUGCUGUGGGCUCAAGUCUCCUUACUCAGAGCCUCGGAAGAGGGGACUGCGCACCAUGGCCUCCCGUGCAGCGCCAGUCAGGCAGACAUGCUGCUGUUUCAACGUUCGAGUUGCCACCAUAGCCCUGGCCGUCUACCAUAUAGUCAUGAGUGUCCUGCUGUUCGUUGAACAUGUGGUGGAGGUGGCCCGCGGUAAAGUCUCCUGCAGGUUCUCCAAGAUGCCAUACCUCAGGAUGGCUGACCUGCUCUCCAGCUUCCUGCUCAUUGGCGCCCUCUUCAUCAUCAGCAUCAGCCUGCUGUUCGGCGUGGUCAAGAACCGGGAGAAGUACCUGAUACCCUUCUUGUCCCUUCAAAUCAUGGACUUCUUGCUGUGCCUGCUCACACUGUUGGGCUCCUACAUCGAAUUGCCAGCGUACCUGAAGCUUGCCCGGCCCCGGCCCGGUCCUUCUAAGGUCCCCUUGAUGACACUGCAGCUGCUGGACUUCUGUUUGAGUAUCCUGACCCUAUGCAGCUCCUACAUGGAAGUGCCCACCUACCUUAACUUCAAGUCCAUGAACCACAUGAAUUACCUCCCAAGCCAGGAGGGCAUACCCCGCAGCCAGUUCAUCAACACGAUGAUCAUCUUCUCAGUGGCCUUUGUCACCGUGCUCAUCCUGAAGGUCUACAUGUUCAAGUGUGUGUGGACAUGCUACAGAUUCAUGAAGCACAUGAAUUCGGCCACAGAGAACAGCAGCUCCAAGAUGUUCCUCAAGGUGGCUCUGCCGUCUUAUGAGGAAGCCCUGUCUCUGCCCACUAAGACUCCAGAGGGGGACCCAGCACCACCCCCAUACUCAGAAGUGUGAUCCUCACCAGGCUUUCAGCCCUUGGGCUGGGAGAGGCGGAACUUCCUCCUCCUGCUUCUUCACUUUGGUGGUUGCUGUGGCCUACUACAGGACAAUCUGCUUGUGCACCCCCCUCACUGUCCUCUCCUCUCGGGGACCCCUCACUCACGAUUGAGUCACCCUGGGCUAAGUGACCUUUUGUGACUCAGGACACAGCCUAGCAGCUCACCCUGUCUCCAUCAGCAAUGGUACUUGUUCAGAGCGCAGUUGUGGCAAAGUAGGGUGAGUUUGGUUAACAGCUACUGGCUUGAUCUGUUUAGCCAAGCGGCCAACACCCACAGGGGCAGCAAGAAGAGAAUCUGGCCAAUCAACAGUUCCUGGUGUCAGUCUAUACUCAGUCAUCAGGUUACAGGGUGGGUCACGAUUGUGGUGCCCACUUACCACCCCCAAUACCCCAAAAGUGUAAAAAGAAAACAAUUCCUUCAAAUAGUUUGCCCAAACAAAUAGCGAUUCAGCCAAUCGCUGUCUUAGGAAUUACGAUAAAAUCUAAUGAGAAACUGAGAUGUCAAACAGGAGGAAAGAAAAGAAACAGAGUUCCUCCCACCAUUCAGUGCAAUGGCUACCCAGCCUCUACUCGAGUUUCUCUAGCAUCUGGAUGCUGGGACGUCCAACAGUCCCGCAGCUGCCCUGACCAUCCUGCUCAGCAUGGAAAAAAAAAAUGGUUGCUUCUGUUUUAAACAAUCCCUUCUCAUGAAUCACCGCUCUGAUGGCAAACUGUCCUCAUCUUCAGUCUAGUGUUCCCCACAGUCACACAGUGGUGAGGUCCCUGCAAGGGUUACUGUAGCCACUGGCAGAUUUAGGGUCUGCUUAUCAUGACAGCCCAACAGCCAGGUUGCUCCAGCUUGUUUGCCCAGGGCUAUGUUCAGGGGAUGGCAGGCUUGGAGUUGGCUGCUCUGUGGGUAGCUGUCUGCCACUAUGGCUGGCCAGUUGGGGCAGGCUAGCCCAUGGGGUGUGAAGAGCCAACCAGAGUCUUGUGUCCUAUGAUGGCAACAAGGAGGGUCAGUCCAUGUGCCUCUGCUGGCUUUCCCAUUGCUGGGGGUUGCUAGGCGUUGCUAGGGGUUGCUAGGGAUCUACAUCUGCUUGUGGUAUAGAUGGGGCUGAAGGGCUGAGAGGGCCGAGAGAAGUUCCCACUGCACCUGUGUUAUUGCUUGUGUGUGACUUGGAAGAAGGGUCAAUAAAGUAGCUGCAAGCUCU